CUGCGUUACGUGCUGACGCCAGAUGUAUAUGAGCGCACGCGGCGGGAUCUCUUUCCCUUUUAGCGCCAUCAGAGCGGGAGUCUCGCGCUGUUCACUGCGCAGCAGCACCGCCGCCUCAGACAGACCGCUACACGUCGGGUUCUCGGAAACAAAACAGUGAAACAACAUGGCAGAUCUUGACAAUAAAGACCAGGCUGAAAUGGACCCAGCAGAUAUGGAGGAUGUUGAAGAGGUGGAGGAAGAGGAAACUGGGGAAGACAACAGUAAAGCACGUCAGCUGACGAUGCAGAUGAUGCAGAACCCUCAGAUUCUUGCGGCGCUGCAGGAGAGGUUGGACGGGCUUGUGGGAUCUCCCUCAGGGUACAUGGAGAGCUUACCAAAGGUGGUGAAGAGACGCGUUAACGCCCUGAAGAACCUCCAGGUCAAAUGCGCCCACAUCGAAGCAAAGUUCUACGAGGAAGUGCACGAACUGGAGCGAAAAUACGCCGCUUUGUAUCAGCCUCUUUUCGACAAGCGAAGCGAUAUCGUGAGAGCAGCAUACGAGCCCACAGAUGAGGAGUGUGAGUGGAAACAAGAUGAAGAGGAAGAGCUGACAGUAAGUAAGCAGGAGGAAAUGAAGGAAAAAGCCAAAGUGGAGGAGGAGAAGAAAGACGAGGAGAAGGAAGACCCUAAAGGAAUCCCAGAAUUCUGGCUCACAGUUUUUAAGAAUGUCGACCUUCUCAGCGAAAUGUUGCAGGAACAUGAUGAACCGAUUCUUAAGCACUUACAAGAUAUUAAAGUCAAGUUCUCUGAUGCAGGACAGCCAAUGAGUUUCACAUUAGAGUUCCACUUUGAGCCCAAUGAUUUCUUCACAAACACAGUCUUGACAAAGACCUACAAAAUGAGGUCUGAGCCAGACGAGUCUGAUCCCUUCUCUUUCGACGGACCAGAGAUCAUGGGCUGCACAGGGUGCACGAUCGACUGGAGUAAGGGCAAGAACGUCACAUUGAAAACUAUUAAGAAGAAACAGAAACAUAAGGGACGUGGCACAGUGAGGACGGUCACCAAGACGGUCCCCAAUGAUUCAUUUUUCAAUUUCUUCUCUCCACCUGAAGUUCCAGAAAGCGGUGAACUGGACGAGGACUCAGAGGCCGUGUUGGCAGCAGACUUUGAGAUCGGUCACUUCAUCCGUGAGCGUAUCGUUCCCAGGGCGGUGCUCUACUUCACCGGCGAGGCCAUCGAAGAUGACGACGAUGACUAUGACGAGGAGGGAGAGGAAGCUGACGAUGAGGAAGGUGAAGAGGAGGCUGACGAGGAGAACGAUCCAGACUAUGAGCCCAAGGUAUAGGUGAUGUCUGUAGUAACCCUGCCCUGAAGGAUGCCAACCCUCCAGAGGAGUGCAAACAGCAGUGAUGGCGGCGCCACGUCCUUCAGGAUCCCCUACACUGUAACGGCUUCAAACAAACAUAGUUACUUACCGCCUUACAAUGUUUUGUAUUUUUCUUGGUAGAAAUAAUUGAAAAUUAAAUAAAAGGGUUUCGAGAUUUUUGUUACAAAAAAAGAAAAAAAAAAACCACACAC